GUUUAUUUCGUGCUUUAUGUUUUUUCUUCAACUUCAAGGUGAUUGCUAUAGGCACGGCCGUGACGUAUAACUGUUAUCUCAUGGGAGAAAUACACUGCCGGACUGUUUGAUCGAUGAAUGAUUUGGACAACAUUUUCUGGCUAAACAAGAGGAUCGCUGCAAUUCAAUUCCAAUGUUGUCAAUCCUGUGUGCUCACCGUUGUCUUUUUUACAUGUACUCUCCUUUCUUAACGACAUUCAUUAUGCACCCGAAUAUGAGUUGUCGCUAGUUAUUCAGCUGAACAUCGUAUCAUUCAAAAAAUAUAUAUAUUUAUCAAGAUGUCUGAAAAUCGACAAGCACAACAAAAUGCGAACCGUGGACGGACUGGAGAUCAAAAUCAGCAGUUACUCAAUGUCCGUGAUAGACUGUUUCAUGCACUGUUCUUUAAAAUCGCCAUAACAUAUGCUAGGGCAUUUCCUACCAACAUUAGACGACUAUUUGAAUUUGUUGUUUUAGUUAAGGCAUUGACAGUAUUAUUUGUACUUGGUUAUAUUCACUGUGCAUUUUCCAGAACACCUAUCAAUUGUCUUUCUCAUAUCCAAGGAGUUUGGCCCAGGGAUGGUAUACUUCGUGUUGAAAUAGUUCGUAAUAUAUCAAGAUCACAUGUUAAUGAUGUAACAGAAGAAACAGAGUAUGAAGAACAUACCAAUAUGAGUAUUUAUUCAGCCGAUUAUUUCACUAAUUUUUCUCCUAAAAAGAAAUCUAUUGAAAACGAGGAAUUCCUUCCGGUCGCCAAUGAAACCAUUGGAUACUGGAUUUCAGAGAAACCAGAGAAAAAUAUGCAACCAUUCAGAGAAACUGUUUCUGAAUUUGAAAUGUUUACGAGAGCAGUCUGGCCUUCUGAUGAAUACGUUAUGGAGUAUUCUUUGGAGUAUGGUUUUCUUCGUCUUUCACCGCAGACGAGAGAAAGGCUUGGUAUACCUGUCAUGGUUGUACAGCUAGAUCCUACAAAAGAUGAGUGUUUUGGAGACACUUUUAGUCGUUUUUUAUUAGAAGAGUUCUUGGGUUAUGAUGAUAUUCUUAUGUCCAGUGUAAAAAGUCUAGCUGAACAUGAAGACAACAAAGGAUACCUUCGGAAUGUGAUAUCUGGAGAACAUUAUCGUUUUGUCAGUAUGUGGAUGGCCAGAUCCUCGUACAUUGCGGCGGCUUUUAUUAUGUUUGUAUUUACUAUAUCAAUAUCAAUGUUGUUAAGAUAUUCACAUCAUCAAAUAUUUGUAUUUAUUGUGGACUUGCUUCAAAUGUUAGAAAUGAACGUAACCAUAGCUUUUCCAGCAGCUCCAUUGCUGACUGUUAUACUAGCCUUAGUUGGUAUGGAAGCCAUUAUGUCUGAAUUUUUUAAUGAUACAACUACAGCCUUUUAUAUCAUCUUAAUCGUGUGGAUAGCAGACCAAUAUGAUGCCAUUUGUUGCCAUACCAUUACAAGUAAAAGACAUUGGUUACGGUUCUUUUAUUUAUAUCAUUUUGCAUUUUAUGCAUAUCAUUAUCGUUUCAAUGGUCAGUAUAGUGGUUUAGCCUUGGUCACUUCAUGGCUGUUUAUUCAGCAUUCAAUGAUCUAUUUUUUCCAUCACUAUGAACUGCCAGCCAUAAUACAGCAAGCAAGAAUUCAGCUUUUACUACAACGUAAUCAGCACGGUGGCAUUCAUUCAGACUUUGACUUGGAUGAAGAUUUACCAGAUUUAAUGCUUCCAAGUCCAAAUAAUAAUGACAAUAUGCCUGAUAACAAUCAAGGCAACGUAGCUGCUGCAAACCCUCGGACGGACAACAAUCAAGCCGAAGCAGUUGUUGCAAACCCUCAGACUGAUAACGAUCAGAGCAACGCAGUUGCUGCAAACCCUCGAACUGAUAACGAUCAGAGCAACGCAGUUGCUGCAAACCCUCGGACUGGUAGCGAUCAGAGCAACGCAGUUACUGCAAACCCUCGGACUGAUAACGAUCAGAGCAACACAGUUACUGCAAACCCCCGAAUUGACAACGAUCGCAGCAGCACAACUGUUGGAAAUCCCUUGCCUGAUACUCGGAAUAAUAUCCCUGAACAGAGGACUGAAAGUCGAAGCAAUGACGUCGCUAUCAUUGCAAAUGAUACAGCCUCCUCAUUUCGCUCUUCUGAUUUAAACAGAGAUGGUUUACAAAAUGAACACACUCAGACUGUUAAUUCAACAAGUACUAAUUGUACAGUGAACUGCUAGCUAUUACAACAAUUGACAAGUCUUUCAGUCUCAUCAAACUGUUUAAAUGCCAAUCAUGAAAUGAAUGAAGGAUACUGGAAAUAUUCACAUUUGACUUGACGUUUUCACCACCAGACUUUCUUGCCGGAAUUAUUCUGCACUUUUUUCUCACAUUCUUCAAUAUUUCUGGAAAUGAACCUUAAUUUUGGAGCCAACAGAUAAUAAUUGAGUCAAUUUUUAGUUUUUACCCAAAAAAUUUGGCUACUUUUGUCCCAAUCUUCUGAAAAAAAUUGCAGACUAUAAAUGGAACUGUUUUGUUAAUUUGUGAGGGAAUAGGGAACUGGUGGUGAAAAGGUUAACACAUUACCUGGUGAAAAUGAAUGGGAAAAAAUGGCGUCAGUAGGCAUCAUGUUUUAAUCUUAAUUCUUUCUACAACGUUAUUGAAUAAAUCACUCGGUAUCAAAAGUCUGAAAA